UUUCAGAUAAAUUUGGGAUAGUGGGAAUAAACAUACUGUGUGAAAUGAUCUGUAUUGGACUAUACAUUGUCUGUCAUUGUUCCUUUUUAACAUCGAUUGCCUUUAUGAACUCCUUCCAAAAGCGCUCGCAAGAAUCCCAGUUUUCCCAUCUGUUUCGAGUCGACAUGCGGAUUGUGAAACUGGACACCUAAACUGUUUCUUAACCCUUUGUGCCAACUUCUUCUCAUGUUUUUUACUUUAUGUUUUAAAUAAACCGAGACACAUCUCUCACACUGUGUAAUUGUGGGACUUGUAUCACGCAUGUUGAUUAUGUAUGUGGCCUCAAAAGCACGAACAUUUCAAAGACACCACCGAAAUUACGCAGUUAAAGACAGAGGUUAAAGAACAGUCUGGGAAGUUCUGGGAAGUGGGAAGGCAAAUAGGGCGGGAGGAAAGGGAAGGGGUAUGGGUAUUUCCUUGCGCCAGAGGAAGGCAAAAACAUCUUUUUAUAUUUCGUUUAGUGUUGCGGGACAUCAUGGUGUCAAACCCAAGGCAUUGGGCGUAACGCAACAGCUGCUGCUGCGAUGUCAGGAAUUCAGCGCCACUUGAACUAGCCCCGCCGAACAGGGUCCCCGGACUUUGUUAAAUACCACUGAAUGGAGGGAGAUACAGAGAAGACUGAAGUUAAAGCUAGUGAUGACAUCAAACUUUCAGGUCAUGAGGUUACAGCGGGGGGCUCAGCAGCUGUCCAAGACGUGGGCUCGGCGGACGACCAGUCUCUACCCAUCAUGCAUUGGGAGGCUUUGAGCCUGCGAAUAGCUGAACUUGAAAAACAAGAGGAGGAGAGAAGAGAGAGGGCAAAGACUUUGAAUAUACCAGAGCGAGGGAGAGUCUUUGGCAGUUGGAAGGAGGACCGGCAGCAUGCGUUUCCCACGGGCCAGUGGGUAGACUCGGAUGAGGAUGACUGUGGGGGAUGCCGUUCACCUGUCACUAAAUCUCGGUUUAAUAGUCAGAAAAACCUUCAGCUCUGCUUUAUUAACAACAGUGAGAGUGAUGAGGAUGAAAAAUCUGGUAGUGAGUGUUCCAAAGAGUCUGAGGCGCGAGGUGGCCAGUCUCCGGGUCUAAAGCUGGAGGUCCAGGCUGCACUGAGAGCUCUGCGGGAUCAGCUUUUAGCCGAGCAGAAGGAGAAGGAGCGCCUGACUUGCAGUGACUCUGGCAUGAGGAGGAAGCUGCUUGACCGUAGUGACCUCCAGACGUGCUCUGUGCAACAGCUAGACUCACUCAGGGAGUCCCUCUUCCAGAACAUCCAUGAUCUGAGUUCCCAGUUGGUCGCUCAGCUCUUAGUACGGGAUCAUUUACGGACAAAGCAGGACGCUAUGCUUCUGGAUGUACAGGAUAUGACAUCAUUGUGACAAAGGAACAACUUGGACAGGACCCCAACCCAAACAGUUUACUUUGUGUGGCGAGUUAUCGCCUUACUUUCCCACAUCUCUGUCCAGCCUGUCUGUUUUUUCAAGAUUUUGCCAUGCAACAAAAUUGUAGCAUUCCAUAUACUCCUACGCAAGAGGACAACAUCAUCGUCAGACCAGUUUCCUGUUAGUUUAAAAGGAAGCUUUGAGUAAGGCAUAAGAAGGUGAAUCUUACAAGAGAUUUACUGGUGCUAUAUGUAAAUAGGUUUAAUUAUUACAUUGUUGUCACAAGUUUUAUUGUGUGAACCCUCUUGUUUUUAAGUGUUUAAUUUAUAAUGAAGAGGAUGCUUAAAAAUCAACUAAAUCUCAGUUUUAGUGUCUGUCGAUUCACAAACAAGCUACCAUCAGUUGUAAUACUAUAAUUGAUGUUUUGGUCAGAGUAUUUUUCAUUUUGAUAUGAACUUAAAGCUGCAAAUGUUCUUAGGCUGUCACAGUUGUCCUGAAGGAUAACAUCAUUACUAUAAUCAUUUAUCAUAUUAUUAUGCAUUUUUUUGCAUUUAAUAAAUGUAAUUUUAUAUAAAGUUA